GUCACGAAGACAGGUUGCUUUAAUCCCUCAUGCUCUGACUGAGGUUCAGCACUGGAGAUAGUUUCAGGGCGUUUCACAAAUGAAGGGACCAAUGAUUCAAGUGAAUAAGAUUUCCACCAACUGUAAGAUUUGAUUAGAGUAGCAGUAGCUUCAGGGCACGAUGACGUCAUUUUACGCCCAGUUGCCCCGUCUUCCGCCCAGAAAGGCACCCAAAGCAACCCCUCUCGUAGACGCCAACUCAGAGGCGCGCUUUUCGGCACCACCCCUCGAUUUAUCCUUCAAACACAUCGGAAGCCUGGACAUUGACCUAUCAGCGUGGAGCGACGAACCACGUGUCAACUCCAAGGGUCUGCGCAAGACCAAAGACGACAAGUACGCAUGCGUGUCACUCAAGCUUAACAACAACUUGAUCCGUGAGUGGAAAGGGUUCCAGACUUUUCUGACGUCACUCAUCGUCAAUCCAACUGAACUGAACUGGCUGGACAUGUCCUUUAACUACAUAGACACUGUCGAUGACGUCAUUCUGAAAUACCCGAAUCUGAAGAUUCUGUAUCUCCAUGGUAACAGCAUUGAGAACUUAAAGGAACUGGAUAAACUCGCCGGAUUGCCGAAACUCAUGAGUUUGACUCUUCACGGGAACCCGGUGGACAGUGAAAAGGGUUACCGUCAUUAUGUACUAAACAAGAUCCCUCAGUUGAGGGCGCUAGACUUCAGCCGCGUGACGAAGGCAGAGAGGGAGACUGCUAAGACGAUGGUGAGCUUAAUGGGCUUCGGGAGGAAACGGGAGAAACGACGGAAAAGACCACAGACAUACUUCUGAAGAUGGUGAUUAGCAUAAAAUGAUAGACUUUGAACUGAAAUGUGGUGAUCGAUAAAACUGGCUCAAAACAUCUGCAGACCUAGGGUCGUAUCCGAAUUGGCGGUCCGCCGUAGAUUCUGUUCCCAUGGGAAAUUAACGUGGGCUGGAGGAGGAUUCAAAAGAGGGCGCUAUCACAAGAAGUGUUCACACAGUUCACCGUAUGGGGGACAGAAUAUCUAGCGGGACAGGAUUUACUUGGACACCGGCUUCCACACUAUCACUGCGAUUGUUAUAAGGGUUUCUGGCUAAGUACGUCAAGAUGGCGCAGCGAUCCAGCUGUAGCCGUAACCGUUAAUGUUGAACAACAUACGUCAAAGGGAUUCUGCAACUUACUUAUUUCCAAAGAGAAUUUCACAUGAAAAAAUAAUCCUCAUUUAGGUGACAUUAAUAUUGUGAGGAGGAACAGAGAGAGACACAUAACUAUUUAUUAUUUCUUUUCGCAAAAAUUAAUGUUACCAUGGAAUUUUUCAUUAUUUUUAACAGUUUUGGACAUUUUGAUGGAACUGCAACGUCAGCUCAUGUAUCCAAUUCUAGUCUUGGAAAAAGAGUUAAUCAUUGAAACUUACAGUUGUAUCUUGUAGUCAUUAAUUUACGUAAAAAUAAACUCCAGUUAAGGCGCACGUUGCCUUCGGAUUGGGCGCUUUGUUUGGGAUGUACAAAGCGCUCGUUAUAAAAAUUACUCCAGAGCAUACUGGUCGAAACGUCGAGUCUUUAACUACCUGUUAUUUUCAGAAAACCAACACUACUCAAAAGAGAUAUUGACAUAAGUUACCGUAAACCACUAUUAGCAUUAAAAUUAAUAAUGUUAACAAGAUAUUAAUUUUGGUUCUUACCCAUACACCGAUAUGU